AUGGAUGGGGAGAGCUCGAGCUCCGAAGGGGGUCCGGACACCCCGCCAAACACCCCUGUUACACCAUCACACAAGACUACGAUGGAGCAUCACAGGCAGUGGAGGGAAUUGGACAAGUCCGAACCAGAGCCGGCCGCCUGUUUAGGUCAGCAUCAUCACCAACAUCAUCAUCACCAUCAUCACCAUAGUUCCCAUAAACAUCACCACGAUGGUCAUUUCUCCGCGUUUGAAAAGAAGCUGUCGUACGAUCUUCAGGGCAUCUGUGAUAUCAAAACUCAGACCAACAACUAUAUCUCGUCGAUAUAUUCAUGCUACCAUGCCCAUUGGUGCGUUGCUUCUGUAUCUUCGACGCCACGCUCCAGUCCCAUUCCCGCGAGUCCGACCCUCUCUUCCCUUUCAUCGAACUGUAGCAGCGAAGGAGAGCUUGGGUGGCAGCAGCCGUUACGUCCGCGGACCAUCACCGAGAAAGAUCCAGAUCGAUCUACCCGCAAAUCGGUUGGAGGUGAUGAUGACGACGACGACGACGAUGACGAUGCGGAUCAAAACAACGACCAAGACCAAGACCAUAGUGGCAAUUUGCCGAAUCCAGGUACCCAUCCUGCCACUGGCCAGCCGAUUCAAGAUCCUUUUCCUUUUUGUCCUUCUCCUUCUUGA